AUGAGCUUCACGACUUGUGACCAAGAAACUGUGGAUAUCCACCGAGAUGUGGAAGACGUAAAGAACCAACUUCCCCCUCUUCCCUUUGCAUUGCCUACAUCCCACAAGGAAUUUGUCCACUGUGUGCCGCCUAAUGCACCUACAUACCGUAAAUUCAACGUCUUCACCGCUGGCAGCAUAGAAAUGGGUAAUGCUGUCCAAUGGCAGAAGCACAUGACGACCCUACUCUCUCACCUCCCUAAUACCGUCUGCAAUCCACGCCGGGGCAAAUGGAACCUCAAAACCACGCCGCUCGCGCGCGACGAGAAUUUACCGACCCCUGUCUCGCUGCUCGAGCUGGGCCUCUGGGCGGGAUCGGGUAAGGUCGUCAAAGGCGGUAACGUGGAGCUGACGUGUCGUCGUUACGAUAUCCCCUUUGUUAAGUCGUUCGCUGAGCUCGUACCCGCGGUCGAGAAGAUGCUGGUGGAGAAGAGAAUGGUGCUCGAUGAUAAGGGUGAUUUGGCUGGAGAGAACGUGCACCUUGGUAAGGAAAAGCCUAAGAAGUGGGCGCAGUUGGAGGCAGAGAAUGCAGAUUUGCAGAAGCGGAUCGAUGAGCUUCAGGAUUAG